AGUGUUUUAUUGGUGCACCUCAUCAUCUCACUUUCCACCGGCUUGUCUUUGUCGGAACCUGUCGAAAGACAUUUUACAUGAACUUCCUUCCAAGAAUAUAUGAAUUGACAGAUUGCCUCAAGAGCAAUGUGGGUUUAUAGUGGGCUUUCGAUGCACAUGUGCACGCAAAUGCUCUUUGCUGGCUAUUCUUCGACAGGUUCAUCCACGCCGUUAAGCAUGAAGAUGUAUUCUGACACGUUGACACGCGGCUUCGCUUUGUUGCACACCAUUCUACCCCAACGCACGAGGUAACUGGAGCAUCACGCGCGCAUCAUGUUCCCGGUUUAUACCAGCUAGCUAUGAGUAUGUAUGAAUCCUCACAUGAAAAAUGUUUAGCCUUCAUUUCAGUGCAUCCGAGCAGCGCUAAUGUGUUGUGUGCUUGAUACGAUGCUUUCAUUUUCUUUGACAUGAGUCAUUGGGAGACAAGAUUCCUAUAAAAGGGCUGCGUUCACAACCAUCUGAAUCAAUAUUUAAAAGACAAGAGCAUAAUGACAUUUCAUACGACGAGAUAAAACAAAUGAAUUUAAAUUGGAAUUGAAAGACGCAAUUUUCUUAAUUAAAGCCUUGCUAAUAAUGACAUUCGUUAUUUACCGCUUUAAGACUUUUCGGCGUAAUCUUAGCCAAAUACAUGGCUUUGCUGGAGCUGUGUGGUUUCCCGCGUUUACCAGGUUCCGCGUGGAACCACUCUCGCGGCCUCCUCUCGGACGCCUCGCUGCUUCCGAGAAACGAAGCCAGGAAUAGCUCCUCGGAUACCUGGACUUGGAGACCCACAAACCCCCCAUUAAGCUUCUACAUACCUGUAGCAGACUACCUGGAAGAGAGCCCAUUACAGUUUGGCCAAAUCCGUUCCUCUCCUCCUCCAGAAUCCUCCAUCACACCAGACUCCAUCCUCUCAGCUCUCUCUCUCCCCCUUAGCCUCCACCCGUUCGCCUCCUCCCGCUCCGUCCCCCUUCCCUUCCCCCUCUCCCACGGCACCACCACACUGGCCUUCCUGUUCCAGGGCGGGGUGAUCGCGGCGGCCGACACCAGAUCCAGCUGUUCGGGCCUGGUCGCCUGUCCAGCCUCCCAAAAGAUACUGCCGGUCCAUUCCCACCUGGUGGGCACCACGUCGGGCACGUCUGCCGACUGCGCCCUCUGGAAGCGGAUCCUCUCCAGGGAGCUCAGGUUGUACCAGCUGCGUCACGGCCGGAGGCUAUCCACAGGGGGCGCCGCUAAGCUGCUGGCCCACAUGCUGCAUCCGUUCAAGGGGACGGAGUUGUGUGUGGCAGCCACACUGUGCGGCUGGGACGGGGGAGAGGUGGAGGGCUGCCCUCUGCACCAGGUGGAGGUAGGACUGGAGGCAGUGGAGGCAGGUGAAGAGGCAGGGGGGGAGGCAGUUUCUGAGGCAGUGGAGGCAGUUCCAGAGGUAGACAGAGACACACGCCCAGAACCAGGGUCAGACAACAGUAAGAGUGACCACAAGAGACCUCGAACAUCCCUUUCCUCCACGCCCGUAGCCUGGAGGAAGAGCCAGUGUCUCCGCCCCUCCACCAGGGGGCGCCAGUGCACUGCUGGAGGCAGGCAGGGAUUCUCAGGGCCCAGCCUGUACUACGUGUGCAGUGACGGCACCCGCCUGCAGGGGGAGCUGUUCUCCGUGGGCUCCGGCUCACCUUAUGCGUACUCGGUGCUGGACGGCCAGGUGCGCUGGGGCCUGAGCGUGGGCGAGGCGGUGGGCGUGGCCAGGGAGGCCGUGUUCAGAGCCACGCACAGAGACGCCUACUCUGGGAACUGUGUCGACCUGUACCACGUCACCGCACAGGGCUGGACGCGCAGACAGAGGGAGGAACUGAAGGAGGAGUACUAUAGGGAGAAGGAGGAGAGA